AUGGCCGUCCAGAAAUUAACUGAUGAGGCAAAGCUACUACUGGAUUUCAGCAAUGAUUUCUCGUGUUUAAACGAUAAUCUCACAAAUGUAAGUGGUUUUCUGCUAGAUGCUGAUCAACAGUCUCCACAUAAUGAAGGUGUAAAGCAAUGGCUGGAGAAGAUGCAAUGUUUGUCGAAGCAAGAGAGUUGGAGUCUGUUUUGCUUCUAUGCGUUUAAGGGAAAUAAAGUGCCAAAUCAUCAGCUUGAAGAAGUUGGCCGUGACAUUUUAAAGCAGUGUGGAAAUUUGCCGCUAGCUAUCAAAAUGGUAGCUGCAUCUCUGCCGAAGACCACGAUGCCAAGGGACUGGGAGCCCAAGCUCCAUCGGCUUAAAGAGGUAGUUGUUACCGAUGAUGAUCAGAUCAUGCCUUUUCUCAGACUCGGUUAUUUCUCAUUGCCUGCACGUCUUAAAGCGUGCUUUGCUUAUCUUUCUUUCUUUCCCAAGGUUGAGUAG